AAAAAACUUGCCGAAAGAAAGUGCUGUGGUAUGAUUUGGUAUUCGAGCACCGCGGAGCAUCUGGCAUUUUUUGGCGUUCCGGCUGCGUUCACACUGACCUCCGUAAGGUUAUCGGCGUAAUUUUGUAAAUUCUCGACCUUACCGUACCUCGACUCGGUUUCGUUAGUCAAAAUUCCAACUGCCGCGCCGCCGAAAGACCCAGUACACCCACGCGCGCCGCCACACCAGGACUUGGACAAGGAUUCUACGGGGAGACCAACGAGAAAGGACGAAAAUGCUGCGCUCCCUUGCAACAACACGAAACGAAAUCGGGGCCCUGCGCUCCGUGCUCCUGCGAUCGAAUAACGCCACCUACCUCCGCCGAUCCGGCGGAAAUGUGGGAGUGCGCGCCCUCAGCUGCCAGCUGAUCAACUCCCGGAAUCUCCAGAACAUUAGGUCCAAACUUACCACUAGCCAACCCCUGGCGGGAUGGAGCUACAACUUCGCCCGUGCCUACGCCAGCCUUCCGGAACACAUCAGGGUGCCACUGCCGGCGCUUUCGCCCACCAUGGAGCGCGGCUCGAUUGUCAGCUGGGAGAAGAAGGAGGGCGACCAACUCAACGAAGGUGACCUGCUGUGCGAGAUUGAGACGGACAAGGCCACCAUGGGCUUCGAGACGCCCGAGGAGGGCUACCUGGCCAAGAUCCUCAUCCAGAACGGCACCAAGGACGUGCCCGUGGGUCAGCUGCUGUGCAUAAUUGUGCCAGACCAGGCCAGCGUGGCUGCCUUCGCGGACUUCAAGGACGAUGGCGCAGGCGCAGCCCCUGCUGCUCCGGCAGCCGCUCCAGCUCCAGCUCCGGCGCCAGCGGCUGCAGCACCGCCUCCGCCUCCGGCUCCAGUUGCCGCUGUGCCCGCUCCAGCUCCAGCGGCUGCUCCAGCAGCAGCAGGUACGGGCCGUGUGUAUGCCAGUCCGAUGGCCAAGCGACUAGCCGAGGCACAACAGCUGCGUCUACAAGGCAAGGGCAGUGGAGUCCAUGGCUCAAUUAAAUCUGGUGAUCUUGCAGGCCAGCAAGCGGCACCCAAGCCAUCUGCUGCAGCACCUGCCAAGGCCCCGAGGGCAGCCGGAGCCCGCUUCGAGGACAUCCCGGUGACUAACAUGCGGGCGGUGAUCGCCAAGCGUCUGUUGGAGUCCAAGACUCAACUGCCCCAUUACUACGUCACCGUCAAUUGCCAAGUGGAUAAGCUCCUGAAGUUCCGCGCCAAGGUGAACAAGAAGUACGAGAAGCAGGGAGCCCGCGUCUCAGUCAACGACUUUAUCAUCAAGGCCGUGGCCAUAGCCAGUCUGAAAGUGCCUGAGGCUAACUCUGCCUGGAUGGACACAGUCAUCCGGCAGUACGACGACGUCGAUGUUUCAGUCGCCGUCUCCACGGACAAGGGCCUGAUUACCCCCAUUGUCUUCAAUGCCGACCGCAAGGGAGUCCUGGAGAUCUCCAAGGAUGUCAAGGCGCUGGCAGCCAAGGCACGCGACAACAAGCUGCAGCCCCACGAAUUCCAGGGUGGCACCAUCUCGGUCUCCAACCUGGGCAUGUUCGGCGUAAACCAGUUCGCUGCCGUGAUUAACCCUCCGCAAUCGUGCAUCCUCGCCAUUGGCACCACAACGAAACAGCUGGUGGCGGAUCCUGAUAGUCCCAAGGGUUUCAAGGAGGUCAACAUUCUGACGGUUACCCUCAGCGCUGAUCACCGUGUGGUAGAUGGUGCUGUUGCUGCCAGAUGGCUGCAGCACUUCCGAGACUACCUGGAGGAUCCGGCCAACAUGGUCUUGUAAACGGACUGGCACGACCCAUCACAUUUAGAGACUCCAACGAAAACAAAAAAGGAUAACAAAAUUAGGAACCUCUCUUUAAGCGAGGAGUUUCGCUCGACAUAAAUUAUGUGGAUGUGUGGAUUCUAAUCGGUGUUGCAUAUGUAAAGUUUUAAAUUGGAUUUAAUUCAUCCCAUUUUAUCACUUAUAUAUAUAUAAAUUUAAUUGUGUAAUAUUUGAUGUAGUUAAUAAUGGUCGCUACCGUUGCCAUGAUUGUAGAAAGAAGACACAAAAUACUUGAAUGAUAUUCGAAUUAACCACUCACAGAGCUGUAAAUUUCCGUUUGACAUGCAAAACGUUUUGUAUGCUUUGUUCGCAUAUGUUGAUCAUGAGGGAGUAUGAAAAUGGAAGUAGUUGAAAGUCCAAAGACGCGUUGAAUAAACCUAAAACACACUCACAUGAACUAGCCAAUUCAUAAAAAACAA